AUGCCGUCAUCGUUGAGCACCCAAAAUAUUACAAAAGCAAAGCUACGUCAAAUCUCUGCGACAGUCUUCUUGUUUUCUCUUUACACGAUGGAGGCGUGUGGAUCUUUGAGUCCUACUUUGAGGGAGUUUGGAUGCGAACAGAAUUUACUAUCACGACCUGAUGGCUCGUCGUCCUUUGUCCAAGGUAUGUUAGCAGUAUAUCAGAAGAAGAUAUCGUAAAAAAAGGAAAUGUACAUGGUAUGAAACUAUCCCGUAGCAGCUCUCACGCUGCCCCCGUGUUGGCCAACAAGACAGAAGUUACCUACUCAUCCAAGCUGUGCAGUGUUCCAUCACUUUGUCUCAGAUAUGGACUAUGUUGAUGUGUGUUUCAUUGGGUCUGUCUUUCUGCAGGAGACACCAGUGUAUUAGCAGGAGUGUAUGGCCCGGCUGAGGUGAAAGUCAGUAAGGAGAUCUAUGACAGAGCUACCCUAGAGGUGGUGAUGCAGCCCAAAGUGGGACUACCAAGUGAGUAAGGAAUCUUCUUCUUUGGGAUGAGGGUUGGCAGAUGGCAUCCAACGUUUAAGGUGCGCACACUGCCAUCUACUGUACAGGAGUGUGAGGCCAGUCACGUCCUACCUACAUUACAUGUUCUUCAUUAGUCCUGUUCCCCUAAGAAAGUGAAACAGAGCCCUAGACACCACUUCCCUUUCCUCCCCCCCACUACACCACCCAAACCCCGUCCAGCCUCUCUAACCCUCCCCCCCCACCCAAACCCCGUCCAGCCUCUCCAACCCCCCCCCACUACACCCACCCAAACCCCGUCCAGCCUCUCUAACCCUCCCCCACUACACCACCCAAACCCCGUCCAGCCUCUCUAACCCUCCCCCACUACACCACCCAAACCCCGUCCAGCCUCUCUAACCCUCCCCCAGCCUCUCUAACCCUCCCCCAAUCUCUCCCUAUCUACCAGGGAUGCACCGAUAUGACAUUUUGGGCCGACACCGAUAUCCAAUAUUUCCUUGCCAAAAAACCCGAUACCGAUAUUAAAACAUUUUAGUGGCCUUUUUAAGCAUUCUAGUACAGUUAAAUAGUUGAAACGGUGUCAUUUGUUCAGUUAGGAACAGAUUGUUUAAUAACCUGUAUUAAUAUUUUAUUUUAUCGCACAACAGAUAUUCAUGACACAAAUAUUUUAGCUGCCCCCCCCCCACCCCCCGUGUUACAAAGAUGGUUCAGUUGUUAGUGGCUCUUCUUACUAUCCAAUAUUGACUGUAUGGAGAAACUUAAAAAUGCUUUGAAAUAAAUAUUGGUUUAAACUAAAAUGCAGUUAAUCAUUUUAGCUUUAACUGCUUGAAAAAACGUCUGUCUCUAGGCUACGUCAUAAACUGCUAUAAAUGGCACAACUUCCAAAUGUGCUCAACUGACCUGACAGGGAAAAUGCGAGCAAAUUUACAACAUCUCAUCUUUCAUUUAGGACAUUUUUCAAAAUAAACAAAAGAACAAAACUGCUUUGUUUUAAAUUAAAAUGUUGACCUAUAGCAGCCAUGAAUAAACAACAGAAAAGCCAUUGGGCUUAGUCCAUUUUUUUUCAGUGACUCUAGAUGGCUGGGUUACAAUAUGACUGCCCAUUUACAAUUUUAGCAUUUGGGGGAGGUUUUUCUUCACAAAGAGGACCUGCUCGGCUUUGUCACGAGUCUGUUUCUUUUUUCGUCUACAAUGUGUGAAGCUGCACUGAAAAGUCGCUCACUGUCCACACUAGUACAGGGAGCACCAAGAUACUUGCGCGCAGCUUUAGCUAAGAUGGGGAAACGGUGCUUGUUACUGCUCCAGUAUCCAAGUGCAUCUUCAUUCCUGGAGGGGAGGGUUAGGCAUAGAUCAACGUUGGCCGAUGUAGUAAGUCUCUCUCUCUCUCUCACAGAGAUAUACACACACUGACCAAAAAGUUAUUUUGUUGGCAUUUACGUAUGUCCCCAUUUUCCCAGUAAAACAUAAUCAAAAGCUAUUUCUUUUCACGUACUUGCUGUGCUGUUUCGUUGUUCAUUUCUUCAGUCGUUCCAUUGUCAACCAGGAUUUCAUCAAACAUAUUCAAGCAGUGACGUUUCAGCUCUGUCUCUCCGUGGCCUCUUCUGUCGUGGUUCCUCUCUCUCGGUGCGUACUGUCAGUGUCCGUUUCCAUCUUGUCCAGCUGUGUCUGGAACAUUUCACCUAAAGCCUGUUUCUUGCCUGCAUCGAAGUAGCGGUCCUUGUACCUAGCAUUGAGCACGGUGGCGACACCGUAAAGAGGCUGAGAGAAUGCCACCGAAUCGCUUGUUCACAGCCUCUAGUAGAGAACUUUUGCAAGUUUUAACCCCACGGUCUGUGUCGGCAGCUUUGUUGAGCAGGCGUUUCAAUGCCAUGACAGAGGGUAUCACGUCUGCUGCAGACGCCAAAUGUCAGUCGUGAAGCUAAUAGCAGUGACGCCCAUAGCAAGUAGCUCAUUGAUGUGCGUUUCAACAAAACUGUGUAACUCCGGUAGGGCAACAUCUGAAAAAUAGCGCCUACUUGGUAGUGUGUACCGGGGCUCGACCAGUCGGCGAAAGCCAACAUCAUCCACGACAGAGAACGGUUGCUUGUCAAGGGCAAUGAAUGCUAUUAUCUUGGCGUUAAUGGAUUUCGCCUUUUGAGUUGUCUCGCUUGAAAUAUUCUGAAUCUUCAAAUGACUGCUUGACUUGAACUUGUUUAGUUGUUGGAAGUGUGCGCUUAGUUUUUUACAGUUUUUGUUCUAAGUAGUUGCUGAACGUCUGAGGGUGAUGCACUGUUACGAACCCCGUGGCUUUAAACGUCUAGGGUGGAUGGACAUGAGACCCGUAACAUAAUUCAUGCAAAUUAGGAUGAUGACAUGGCACAGUGAGAACGAAAAACUACACGACAACCAUUUUAUUUUAUUUUGGUCAUUAGCAGACGUCCAGAGCGAACAACAAUUGUUAAUGCCUUGCUCAAGGCACAUCGACAGAUUUUUAUAGGCUUGGGGAUAAACCAGCGCUUUCGGUACGGCAAACCCACCAAACCUGCGCCCUAUAACCUAUGCUCAAACAUAAAAUUUGUGAUAGUGUUGGGAAAAAAGCAGACCCAAGAAUGAAACAUAGUUAAAAAAUCCCUUGAUCUGCUGCCUCAAGAACCGCUAAGCUACUGCUAAUCAUACAAAAAUACAGUGGGUGGUCCGCUCAGGUCUAACUAGUGUUUAUAGACAGUUCUUUCUACGGGAAAUGUAUGCCCAAGGGCAGCUAGCUCAAACUCCCCUUUUCCCAGAAACACAAAGUUACCAAACAGAGUAACCAGCAAAUUAAUGAGUACUCUAAACACAGGACAUCACAGUAUCCAUUACUCAUAUACAGAAAUUAGUCUCUAACAAAAUUACCAAACAGAGUAACCAGCAACUUAGUGAGUAAAAAAAACAGGACACUACAGUAUCCAUACUCACAUACGGAAAUAGUCUCUCUAAACAAACACAACUGACUGGUUUUUAUACAAUGGGAUGUGUGAUUGCAACACCAGCAACAGGUGGUGCAAUGCAGAGGAAUGUUCACUGAUUGGUCCACCUUAGCAAUCAGCAGACACCUCAACGACCACCAAUCAGGAACAUACAGGACACCUGUGAUUAGGGCAGAAGGAGAGGAAAAACACAAAAAGACACAGGAUACCUGUAUCCGUAACAUGCACUUUCAAAUGAGUAAUUAGGUUUGUGGUAUUGAAAGAUUACACUUUCUUUCCUCCUCUGGAAAUAAUAGCAGCACAAACGUUGCAUAUGGCCUUUCUGUUAUCUUCUUUUGAAACUUCAGAAUAGAUCCACACAGCAGACAUUGUGGGCUAGGUUAGGAAUGCUGUGUUGCACUGUAUUUUUCCUGGCGUCAUUACGUCAUCUACCAACGUUAUACAGGUAUACACGUCCGCUUUGACAUCGGUUUUGCACAUCGGCGUUAAACUAUACAUAGAGCCGAUGUUGGCAUUUUCUGCUAAUAUCGGCCUAUACCGAUAGAUCGUGCAUCCCUACGAUCUACGUCAUACAGUUCACAAAAUAUCAACACAUUCUCCACUAACCACACAGACCUGUUUCAUGUAUCCCUAUCAUCCACAACGUGGCAUUCCAAACCUGUGUGCCCAAACCUUAGUCUACUCCACACAACUUCCUCUCUUCUACAUCCCAUAGCCCCCACCUCUUACUUUACUGACCGGUGCACGCGAUAACAUUGCCUCCCCUUACUACCAGCGUCCCACUCCCUUUGAGUGAGGAAUCAUAUCAUAUUUAAGUGAUAAUGCCCGAGAAGCUGGUGUUUGGAGGAUAUAUUGGCACGGGUGGUGUUAGGCCCGUGACGCCGUCACUUGUUAUAUUACACCUACAGGAUGCACUUACACACAACACCACAAGAUGGCAGUGUCAGACCUAAUUUUUGUUCUUCCUCAGGUGUCAGAGAGCGAGCCAGAGAGCAGUGUGUGAGGGAAACAUGCGAGGCAGCUCUUCUCUCCACCCUUCAUCCACGCUCCUCCCUCACACUCAUCCUCCAAGUGGUCCAUGAUGAUGGUUCAGUAUCCUUUAGUGAAAUAACAUCCCCCCUGCGUGCGUGUUAUUGUCCCAUUGCAGUGUUUUAUUUAUUUUUUAUUUGGUCAUUUAGCAGACGCUCUUAUCCAGAGCGAUUUACAGGAGCAAUUAGGGUUAAGUGCCUUGCUCAAGGGCACAUCGACAGAUUUUUCACCUAGUCGGCUCGGGGAUUAGAACCAGCGACCUUUCAGUUACUGGCACAACGCUCUUAACCACUAAGCUACCUGGUUUCCCUUUACUCUAAGGUCUGAGCUUUUCCUCGUGUUGCACUAAGACUGCAGUCAGGCGUUUUUAAUCAGCCUGUGAAGUGGUCUUCCGUGCCCUCAGUCCCCUUCCACCCAACAUCCUGGGGCACCUUGCACUCCCUGAAUUCACUAAUUCAGAGACCGUGGACUUCAGGUCUGUGGAGAAGGUGCCGAGAACGGAACAGGAGAUUAGUGUUUUAUUAUAAUUAUUCUUAUUCCUGCUGUGUGUCAGUAGUGUUCCUUAACCCCCUCACCCCCAGCUGUUGUCCUGCUUUCUGAACUCAGCCUGUAUGGCCCUGAUGGACGCAGGCCUGCCUAUGAGCUGCCUGUUCGCUGGGGUCACCUGUGCCAUCGAUACAGAUGGACAGGUCAUUACCGACCCCAAUUCAGCACAGGAGAAGGUAGAUGAUUGUUCUAGCAGAAAAACAUGGCUAUUCCCACCAGAUGACCCCAGCUUUAAAUUCAAAUUAGCUUUUUGCUUUUUAUAUUACGUUCAUUUCCUUUUAUUCCACAUUCUAGAAAAUGUUUUUUCUAUAAAAUUCUAUUCAUACCUUUUGUAUGUGCAGCGUUGUAAGACCUGCAUCACAUUGGGUAGUACGCCCUAUUGACCCUGAAACUACUGCUUUGCGUUUCCUCUCUCAGGAAAGUCGAGCUUUGAUGACCUUCGCUAUUGACAGUACCGAGCGCAGAGUGAUGAUGUCAUCCACCAGAGGAUCUUUUACAGUUCAUGAGGUCAGUAAAUAUCCACAUCUUAAAUCACACAUUUCUUUUCAGUGGUGUUUGGAAGAAUGGUAUAUAUAUAUUUUUUUGUCAUCACCAAAGCACCAGCAGUGGUGUUGAGUGGUUUGUAGUUAACUGCUCUAAACAAACUGACUUUUCAUAAAGCCAACAGGUGGCCUAGCCGUUAGAGCGUUGGGCCAGUAACCGCAAGGUCGCUAGUUCAAAUCCCCAACUCUGUCGAUGUGCCAAGGCAUUUAACCCUAAUUGCUCCAGGGUCACGGUUGAUAAUGGAAGACCCUGGCUGUCACCUCGGAGGGUGUCUGAGAGCGAGUGGGAUAUGAAAAAAUUGCACUUCCAAUUCACGCAAACGUAUUAAUAUACUUGUACAUGUGUGAAAAAGGACAACUAUAAGCACCCACUUAAUUAUUAAUUAAUUAGCCUAUGGUGAUAUCAAAGUUAAUUCAUCACCUUCCAUAUGAAAAAAAAUACUAUACUAUGCUCUAAAUACUGUAGUAUUACUAUAUUUAUAUACUAUAGUAUUCACUGGAGUGUUUUUGCAGAAAAAUACUGUAGUAUUUACUGCAGUGUUUAUGUGGACAUGGCUAGUAUACUGUAGUAAAGUUUACUAUAUAUAUAUAUAUAUAUAUAUAUAUACACACACUGUAGUGUAUAUACUAUAGUAAUUACUGUAGUAUUUACUAUAGUGUUUUAUCAUCUUUGACAUAGAAGUGGGGGCUUUUUCCUUGAGGAAACCUUCUGGGUUAAUACUAAGAAUUUUCCAUAACCUGUAGGUAGAUAGGACUGGGGUCUGAACAGAUAGAGAAGAGCAGAAGCUCUGAACUAUGACCUGUAAGGAACACAAUAUAUGGUCUGUACUUGGCAUGUUGGUUUCUCACUUAUGGUUGGCUCACAUAGUGAUAUGGGAAUGGGUGGAGUAUAUGCUAAUUUAAAAAAACUGUAGUAUGUGUGUAUAUAUGAGUAAACAUUACUACAGUAUACUAGUCAUGUCCACAUAAACACUGCAGUAAAUACUACAGUAUUAUACACAAAAAACACUGUAGUAAUUACUAUAGUAUAUACACACUACAGUGUUUUUUUUUGUGUAUAAUACUGUAGUAUUUAAUAUAUUAUUCUACAGUAUACUAAACAAUUCUAUAGUAAGCACCACAUGAUUUAGGGAUACUACAGAGUGUGUUAUAUAAUUAUUCAGUAUACUAAUAUUCUAUAGUAAACUAGUAUUUUUUUAAAAUGUGGUCUACACAGUUUACAGCAGGUAUAAACAGUACAGUGGAAUGCUGACUUGCAAGUUCCCUCAACAGUGCACUACAAAUAACAAUAAUCAAUAGCCAAUCAAUAUCCACCCCCCAUACCUCUGUCUUUCUCCCAAUAGCUGCAGCAGUGUAUUGCCGUCAGCCAGAACGCAUCAGACAAGAUUUUCCAGUUCUACAGAGAUUCUGUCAGACGAAGGUAUUCGAAGACACUCUGAUUAUCGAGGAUUCUGCAGCUUCUUUUUUUACAGACCAAACCGCUUGUGUUUUUUAAUAAAAUAUUUGGAAUUGGUA